CAGCAGAGCGAUAAUAACCAGAGCAGAACCAGGGAACUCGGCGGAGCAAGCGGGUUACCAGGCGGGCUGCUGGGGAAAGCAGUUAAGGCAACAUUCUGUACACAGAGGUAUCUGCUAGACCUGGUAAGAGGUUAUCUACUUAACACCAAUUACCCAAAUUUUACCCUCUAUAGAACUCGGAAUUACAAGACGAAUUGCCCUAAACGCCAUCCCAUUAUACACACCAACUUCCUUAAGCUUCUUUCUAAGCAGCUGAAACAAACUCUUAACUCUGGGAUCAAAUCAUUAGAUAUUACUAGUUCUCACGGGGCUCUCUUCAAGAUUUCUUUACUUACAUAUAGGUACACUUUCAUUAGCAAAGGUACAGUAGAGGCUUUCAUCUCAGAUUUAAAGCACGAAGAACUCAUCUACAAGCAACUUAAGAAAGUACAAGGGACCCAUAUACCCGUCUUCCUCGGUACUACCAACCUCCGUAACCUCAGCAGGACAUACUACUAUAAUCUCCGCAUUAACAUAGGAGGUAUCAGUUUAAGAGAUAUUAAUACAAAAGAUAUUAAUAAGGCCUUUAUAACGGGAAGGGCAAUACAGUCUAUAAAAGCUAUCCAUCAAGAAGGGGUAGUACACAUAGAUACACGCCGGGAAAAUAUCCUGUUCAACCCAGAAACUCGAGAGGUAAUAACCAUUAAUUUCAAGCGCUCGCAGCUUCUCUCGCCACCCCGACACCAGCUGACCGCCCUGCAACCUAACAAGCGACAGCGGAUUCAAGAUACGAGCGGGAAGGUUAAAGCAGUAUCUCGUCCUCACAGUAUUAAGAGC